AUGGGGGAUGAUAUAGAGAAGGCAUCUGCGAGACUGGAGGAUAAUGAGGGCAGCACGGCGCAAACUCUUCAAAUCGACAAAGCCCCCACUUCGAAGGACGACGAGCCCAACCUCGACCUCACCCACCUGUCGACUUCGGAGAGCAAUCAUCUCUCGCUAUCAGAUGUACAGCCGGUCGAUGUACAAGUACGAAAUUUGGCCGUAACAGUGGACACCUCUCCCGGCGCAUUCUCCAUAGAAAAAUACCUUCCCAAGAAACACAAUCAGGAUGGCGCGCCAAGAUCAUACACGAAGCAGAUUCUACAUUCGGUGUCUGCUUCAAUGCCCGCGGGAACACUUACGUCAAUCAUUGGCGGAAGCGGGUCGGGGAAGACGACAAUGUUAAAUUCAAUGGCCGAGAGAAUGACAAGCGGCAGAUUGACUUUUGGAGGCACAACUACAUUCAAUGGCAUGCAUGGAGUCAACAGCGUUCGAAGCGCAUACGUGAUGCAGCAGGACGUACUACUACCUACCCUCACAGUUCGGGAGACGCUGCGAUACUCUGCCGAUUUGCGAUUGCCACCACCAACCACCGAGGAAGAGCGGAGGAAAGUGGUUGAAGAAGUCAUCCUAGAGUUGGGAUUGAAGGAAUGCGCAGACACAAGAAUAGGCAAUCACCAACACAAGGGAUGCUCGGGAGGCGAGAAGAGACGGACCAGCAUAGGGGUGCAAUUGCUGAGCAAUCCAAGUGUGCUUUUCCUGGAUGAACCGACCACAGGACUGGAUGCUACCAGUGCUUUUCAACUCAUCAGAACAUUGAAGACUUUAGCAAAGAAAGGCAGGACUAUCGUCACAACCAUACAUCAGCCGAGAUCAGAAAUUUGGGGCAUGUUUGAUGGCCUAGUUAUUUUGACAAGAGGAAGUCCAGUCUACUCCGGAAAGGCUAAAGACUGUAUAUCAUGGUUCAAAAGCGUUGGCAUGGAACUACCACCAUUUGUCAAUCCCGCAGAAUUCUUGAUCGACAUAGCAGCUGUAGACAAUCGUACGCCAGAGCUUGAAGCUGUUUCGACAGAAAGAGUAGAGGGUUUGAAAGGAGCAUGGAUACCAGAGAGCGAGAAGCUAUACGGAGCAGCGAAUGAGAAGGCAACCACUACUUCAAGACCCACUAGCACUUCACUCGCUUCAGUCCAUUCGCCUUUCAUACGUCAGACUCGAGUUCUUACAGCUCGGACGUUCAAAACUACAUACCGUGAUCCAAUGGGCAUGGCUGGAUCUCUAUCUGAAGCAGUCCUGAUGGGAAUAUUGACUGGAUGGGUAUUCUUUGCCCUAAAGCGUGAUGAAUCAGGCAUUCGCAGUCGAGAGGGCGCUCUGUACAAUGCUGCAGCAUUGCAAGGCUACCUGAUUCUGAUGUUUGAGACAUAUCGUCUAACCAUCGAUAUCGAGCUUUUUGAUCGAGAACACAAUGAGAAUGUCGUGGACGUCGUACCGUUUCUACUCAGCAGAAGAAUCGCCAGGUUCUUCACUGAGGACUUGCCAGUGCCCCUGGCAUAUUCUACCAUCUUUUACUGGAUGGCAGGUUUCAGAGCAGAAGCUGGUACUUUCCUCACAUUUUUCGCAAUUGUUUUUAUCAACCAGUACAUUGCGGUGACUUAUGCUGCUGCUUGUGUUGCUGCGUCAAGAACUUUCGCUGCUGCAUCCUUGAUUGCAAACCUUGGGUAUACCAUCCAAAGCAUGGCUUGUGGAUACUUUGUCCAAGCAAACUCCAUUCCAGUCUAUGUUCGUUGGCUUAAAUGGACUGCUUAUGUCUUUUAUGCCUUUGGUGCUCUAUGUGCCAAUGAAUUUGCGGGACAGUUCUAUGAUUGUCCGUAUCCAGGCGGAGAGUCGAAUCCUGCUUGUGCCCAGUAUACUGGGACAUUCAUCAUAAGCUCAUUGGGAUUGCCUCAAGAGAACUGGAUUGUCAGGCCGAUCGUAAUCAUGGUUGCGUUUGUAGUGAUGUUCUAUGUCUCUGCCUGGAUUGGUCUUCGGUUUAUUCCCGUUGAGAUGAGCAUUGCUCAAGCCCGCAACUCUGAUACCGAUUUGUCUGCUGGCAAAGAAAAGAUGAUUGUCCGUUCUGCUGCUGAAGUCAGGACAGUCGAUAUCUCUCUUGAUAGAUUCGCCCUCGAUUUGGACAAGAGAUCAAUGCUCGGACGAAAACUACCUACGAAAACGAUCAUUCAUCCGGUAACAACAACAUUUCAAGCAGGCUUGCUAAACAUCAUCAUGGGUCCAUCCGGAAGCGGCAAGACAUCACUACUGAAUGCCAUGGCUCUACGACUUCACAAUACUUUAGGAACACAAUAUCGACAAGCUGGUAAAAUGACAUUCAAUGGCUCUGUUCCCUCAGACUCUGUCAUCAGAUCAGUCUGCUCGUAUGUCUGCCAGGAUGACGACGCUCUCCUCCCAUCCCUCACUGUCCGUGAGACCUUAAGAUUCUCAGCAGGUCUUCGACUCCCCUCCUUCAUGACAACAGAUCAAAAGAAUCAACGAGCGGAAGAAGUUCUCAUGAAACUCGGUCUCAAAGACUGCGCUGACAACCUCAUCGGCUCCGAAACGGUUAAAGGUAUCUCAGGCGGCGAAAAGCGACGAGUCUCCAUCGCUGUCCAAAUCCUGACCGACCCCCGCGUCCUCCUCCUCGACGAACCCACCUCAGGCCUCGACGCGUUCACCGCCUCCUCCAUAAUGGAAGUCCUGCAAGGCCUCGCACAAGAAGGCCGUACCUUAAUCCUCACAAUCCACCAAUCUCGCUCCGACAUCUUCCAAAAGUUCGGAAACGUCCUCUUACUGGCUCGAGGCGGCCAUCCUGUCUAUGGAGGCAAUGGCGCCGGCCUCCUCCCUCACUUUGAGUCUCUAGGCUAUCCUUGCCCAACAACCACCAACCCCGCUGACUUCGCCCUCGAUCUCAUAACUAUCGACCUCCAGCACUCUUCCCGCGAGGCUUCAACCCGAGAAAAAGUCCGCAGUCUCAUUACAUCGUGGUCUAGCAAUGAUUUCUCUGCUGCCUUGAAUCCUACCACUAUCUCUACUCCCGCGGAGCUUGGAUCUCUGGUGAGGAAGAGAACGGGGUUUUGGAAGGCAUAUCCAAUCUUAGUGAAGAGGGCGUUCAUUAAUUUUAGGAGGCAGCCACCGUUGUUGGUUGCGAGGAUAAUGCAGGUUACGGGGCUUGCGAUUAUUUUGACGUUGUUUUUCGCCCCGUUGAAGAAUGAUUAUGAGAGUGUGCAGUCGAGGUUGGGGUUUAUACAGGAAUUCUGCGCAUUCAACUUCGUCGGCAUGCUCCAAAACGUUGCCAUCUACCCCUCGGAACGGGACGUCUUCUACCGCGAACACGCCGAUUCCGUCUACUCCGUAACUUCCUUCUUCCUCUGCUACCUCACCCUCGAAAUCCCAUUCGAGCUCAUCACCAGCGUUCUGUUCGCCAUCUUGGUAGACCUUGGAGGAGGAUUGCCGAGGACUGCACGCAUGUUUUGGGUGUGCUUUUUCAAUUGCUUCUGUAUCGUCAGUGGGGGUGAGAGUUUGGGUAUCAUGUUCAACACCCUCUUCCAACACACCGGCUUCGCCAUAAACCUCACCUCCGUCUUCCUCUCCAUCGCCCAAUUCAUGUCCGGCGUAAUGUCCAUCAACAUGCCCUCCUUCCUCCAAGGCGUAAACUACCUCUCCCCGCUGCGCUACGCGAUCCGAAACUUGGCCCCUUACUCGCUGCGUGGCAUUACAUUUACGUGUACAGAUGCACAGAAACUGCCCAAUGGGCAAUGUCCGAUUGGUACUGGGGAGCAGGUUUUGAAUUUGUAUGAUCUGAAUACUAAUCCUGGGCUUAACAUCCUCGCGCUGGGUAUUUGUACAUUGAUUUAUCGGCUGGUGGCGUAUCUUUUGCUAAGGGCUGUGAAGACGCAUUGGGGUGAUUUGAAAGAGAAGAAGGAGGUGAAGCCGAGGAAUGUUCUGGAUAGUGCAUAA